AUGGUGAAAAAUAUGGACUUGGAGGAGGGCAAGAAGCAUUACUGCAUCCGUGGCAAGCAUGUAGUCAUUAUUUGUAUUACCGUAGUUGUCUGCUCUUUGGCAGUGGGUCUUGGGGUGGGUCUCUCGAGGCCUGAGGCGACCUCAACGGCCACAGAGUCUCCACCAGCACCUACGGCAGACCCGACACAGACUCCUGAACCUAGCAGAGGGCCCUGCAAACCUUCUACUGACAGUAGCGGUGAUUGGAAGAACUUCCGUCUGCCCGACUAUGUCAAACCGAUCCAUUACGACUUGCUGCUGGAACCAGACCUCAUGGAUGAUACUUACAAGGGCACAGUGGAGAUUCAAUUAGAAGUCAGCAAGCCGACACGUCAUCUAUGGCUCCAUAUCAGAGAGACUUUUGUCACUGAAAAGCCCAGAUUGAAGUUGCUGGGCAGGCAGGGUGUGCAGAAGCAUGUGUCAAUUGAGAGUUGCUUUGAAUAUGAGCCGCAGGAAUAUGUGGUGGUGGAGGCUGCAGAGGAGCUACGUAAAACUGGUCCUGGGGAAGUGUAUGUGCUCAGUUUGGAUUUUCAAGGGUGGCUGAAUGGAUCCCUGGUGGGAUUUUAUAGAGUUAUUUACACUGAAGCUGGAGUCACCAAAAAGAUUGCCGCGACUGAUCAUGAACCAACAGAUGCCAGGAAAUCCUUUCCCUGCUUUGAUGAACCAAACAAAAAGGCCACCUAUAAAAUCACCAUCAUUCAUGAUGAUAAUUAUGAAGCUCUGUCCAACAUGCCACUUGAGAGUGCCCCUGAACUUCUGUCUGGCAAUAAAAAGAGGACCGCUUUCCAAAAGUCCGUUCCAAUGAGUACUUAUUUAGUAUGUUUUGCCGUGCACCAGUUCAAGCAUGUGGAGAGAAAAUCUGCCAGAGGAAUUCCUUUGAGAAUUUACACGCAACCAAGUCAGUUACCAACCGCCGAAUAUGCAGCAGACACAACUAAAGUCAUUUUUGACUACUUUGAGGAAUACUUCAAUAUGAACUACUCCAUCUCAAAACUGGAUAAAAUAGCUAUCCCUGACUUUGGCACUGGUGCAAUGGAAAACUGGGGACUCAUCACCUACAGGGAGACCAACUUACUGUACGAUAGCAACCAAUCAUCCUCAUAUAAUAAGCAGAGAGUUGCAAGUGUUAUUGCCCAUGAGCUGGUACACCAGUGGUUUGGGAAUAUUGUGACUAUGGAUUGGUGGGACGAUCUCUGGCUUAAUGAAGGCUUUGCCAGCUUCUUUGAGUACAUCGGUGUGGAGAAAGCAGAGCCCACCUGGGGAAUGCGAGACAUCAUGAUCAUCAGUGAUGUGCUUCCUGUCAUGGUGGACGACGCUCUCCUAUCGUCCCAUCCGAUUAUUGUUAAUGUGUCGACUCCCGCGGAAAUCACAUCAGUGUUCGAUUCUAUAUCAUACAGCAAGGGCGCUUCCAUCCUCAGGAUGCUGGAGGACUGGAUGGGUAAAGAUCUGUUUAGAGAUGGCUGUCGGAAAUAUUUAAAAGACUAUUACUUCAAGAACGCUAAAACCAGCAACUUCUGGGAUUCUCUAGCCGAUGCUAGCGGGUUUCCAGUUGGAGAGGUAAUGGAGACUUGGACAAAGCAGAUGGGUUAUCCAGUGGUGGACUUGACUUUCACAAAUACAGAGGCAAAAUUGAAGCAAAGUCGUUUCCUCCUGGAUCCCAAUGCUGACGCCAACCAACCUCCUUCACCCCUUGGUUACAAAUGGACCAUCCCAAUCAAGUGGCAUUCUGUGAAGAGCAAUAAGAACAUGUCAGACUUGUUCAACAUGUCUAGCGCAGAGCACAUCCUAAAGAACUACUCACCUUCAGAAGACGGUUUGCUGAAGAUCAACAAUGAUCAUAUAGGAUUCUAUCGAGUUAACCAUGAUGACCAGAUGUGGAACACCAUUAGCGAACAGCUUCAAGACACUCACUUGGAGUUUGAUGCCGCUGAUCGCGCAAGCUACAUUGAUGAUGUCUUUGCUCUAGCGAGGGCAGACAAGAUAGAUUAUGGCAAUGCCUUCAACCUUACAAUGUAUCUAAAUAACGAGACUUAUUACAUUGUGUGGGACCGUGUAGCCUCCUCUAUUGCCUAUGUUCGGGACAUGCUAUCAGGAAAUGAUGCUCUCUAUCCAAAGUUUCAGAAACUGUUCCGUAGUCAUGUAAAAAAAAUUUCAUCUGAACUAGGAUGGGAUGAUGUCGGAACACAAACAAACAGGUUACUGCGGGAGAUUGUGCACAGUAUUGCUUGUCAAAUGGGAAAUCAGGAUGCAUUAAAUAACGCCUCAGACCUUUUUAACCAAUGGAUUGAUGGAACUCUCAGAGAUAUACCAGUGAACCUAAGGUUGUUAGUCUAUCGUUACGGCAUGAAAAACGCAGGCAAUGAGGCAAAGUGGACAAUCAUGUUUGAGAGGUACAAAAAUACCGGCUUGGCACAGGAAAAGGACAAGUUGCUAUACGGACUGGCGUCUGUUCAGGAUAUAAAACUUCUUUGGAGACUCCUCGAAGCCUCUAAAGAUGAGAGUGUGGUGAGGAGCCAGGAUCUGUUUACUCUGGUUAGAUACGUGUCCUAUAACCCGAUGGGUCAGAGCAUGGCCUGGGACUGGACUACACUCAACUGGGAAUACCUGGUUAAAAGAUACACAAUCAAUGACAGGAGCCUUGGUCGCCUUUUGAAAAGCCUCUCCGUUAAUUACAACACAGAGCAACAACUGUGGAAGAUGGAGCAUUUCUUCAGUCUCACUCCUGAUGCUGGUGCUGGAGUGAUUCCAAGACAGCAAGCACUGGAGACCGUCAAAAAUAACAUUAAAUGGAUCCAAGCGAAUGAGAAUGAGAUACAAAUGUGGCUAGAGAGAAAUGUCCUCUAA